AUGGCUGUGUCGUUACAACACCUCGGCCUCUCACUCUUAGUCCUUCUUGCUAUUUCUGGCCAUGCCCACGGCUUCGGUGCUGGCAAUAUCGCCUCCCUCUCCCGUAUCGAGGGUCAGAACUGGCGUCAUGGUGAUAUUGAAGAUACUUUGCUAACUCCUUUCCUGGCGCGGGUUGCUGGUGGUCGGAAAUUCGGUAAACUUGACGUGAAGCGCGUGUACUUUGGCAACUGGCUUCGAGACUAUAGCCAGGCGGUCGACGUGGGCACGGUCAAGUACGUCAGUGCUGAAGCGAUCCGCAUUCUCAUCUGGGUGCUAGGUUUCAUGAGCUUUGGUUUUGGCACGCGAGAGUUUGAGGUCACCUCAGAGCGACUCGGGUGUUACCAGCCUACGGAGCACAUCGACAACCCCCAAGGAUAUGCAGAGGGGGAGGAUGCACGCUGCUAUGAUCCACGGCUUCGCGGUCCUGUUGACGAGGAGCGCGAGCUUUCGGUUGACCCUCGGACAGGGUUGAAGAGCUACAUAGCAUCAGAAGAUAUUGGGAUUAACACCUCCGCGGGUCUGAUACGCCGUGUCCUCGGCCGUUCAAUUCAGCUUGGGCGUCGUUAUGCCCAAUCCCGAAACAACGAAGAUCUUUACGAGGCGCUGCGACUGCUUGGUACUGGCUUGCACUGCCUGGAAGACUAUGCCGCCCAUUCCAAUUACACAGAGCUCAGCCUCAUCGAGCUUGGGGAAACCGAAGUAUUUCCUCAUGUUGGGUGCAAUACGAGACUUGAGGUUGGCGGUGCCCGGGACUACAUCUAUCCCGUCGUGACAGGCACCUUUGGCGGAGUUGAUUUCUUCCACUCGGUGCUUGGAGAGUUCUCCGAUAAAACCAUGCAGUCUGAAAUCCAAUCACUGGAAGGUGUCAUUGACGAAUCCCAGGGUGAGAGUCCGUCGGAGAGCUUCCUACAGGAUUUGCUAGGCAAAAUUCCUGAUGGAUUGAUCGGGGAUAGCGACACCCAAGCUGGCCGCAUGGACGAUUUCAAGGCUAAGGCAGAUGAUGCCAAAAGCAGUGGCCAGCAUAUCAGUCCUCGGGAACCCGAGGAGUGGGCACUAUACCUCAACGACGUCCAAAAGCAGAUCUACCCCGUUCUCGAGUGGCAUGAUGAGCUGCUUAAGGCGAUUCAUGAGGCGAUCGAGAAGAUUCCGGUCCUGCCAGAGCUGAUCGAACAGAUUCAAGACCAGAUCACUAUCUUUGUCUUCUCCAUCCUCGCGCCUUACGUUCUUCCCAUCAUCAAGCAAGUCAAGGCCGAGCUCGAAACCGGUUCCUCCGAAGUGAUCCAAAGCAGCCGAGAGCAGCAACACAUAGUGUUCAAUGACGAUGACUCCACAAACCCUACCCAUUCGAUGUUGUCUAAAGACCACUUUUCAAAUGUGCUGAAUGAGCCAGCCGGCCGGAUUGCUUCGAAUAUUGUCAAGUGGGCAGUUCCCCAGUUAAUGCAGUGCUGGGAUGAUGAGUAUGUCGAUGUCGACCGGACCUUGAACAGGAUUAUUUCUGGAGUCUUUCACCAUCCAGCGCUCCGGGACUACGGUGAUGAUGGUGCAGUGGAUAUGCGCCAGACCAUGUUCUCGACCGUCGAGCAGUGGUGGCAGGAAAAGGGCGAGGAGGGGCGCGAUGUUCUCCGGGAGCAGCUCAGCCGCGACGGUGUUCUCGAAGGAAAGAACCAUAAAGAAGGUGUGCAAGACUCCGGGCAUGGGUGUGGCAAACCGCUAGCACUUCCCAAAGGCCAUGGCAAUUCUGGUGGAAUUCAGGAGGCCAGUGAUACCGGCCUUCACCAGGUCGCAUCUGACGCUGUGGGAGGAGGGGCAUUGGGUGGUUUAGUUGGCGGUAUUGUGGGAGGCAUGAGCUCAAUGCUCUUGAACGAAGCUGGCUCGAAGCCGGGGCGAGAAAGCCCCGAGUCUCCUCAGUAUGAAAGCGGCGACCUUGACGACAGGGAGCAUGAGCAUCGACAUCGACACCAUCAUGAGGGUCAUGGGCGGUGCGAAGAGAACCCGUAUGAAAACAUGCCGCCUCCACGACGCGAUUAUGAAUACUGGAGCGAACACGCAGCCUACGGAAGCCCACCAGUACCCCGGGAUGAUUAUCCUCAAACGCAGAAUUACCGACGCGAGUACCAGCAAUACCAGCCAGAGCACAACGGAGGUGGCUACUAUGAACAUGAGAGACGAGAGACCUAUCAGACAGGCUACAGUGAAUAUGAACGCACCAAAUCGCGUUAUGAUUACAGGCCAGGCCAGCCUUCGUACGGGCAUACGGAGCAAAGCGCCUACGGACGUGGAGCAUUCGAACAAGACGUCUCGCCUGGGUUUCAUGAGCCCCGGGGUGGCUAUGAUGAGUAUGGCAGCUCUGGCUAUGGAGCUCCGAGGGAGGGAUAUGGACAGCGGGCUGACAACAACACCGAGUACUACGCUGAGCGACGGCAUGAACAUGACCGGCGCUCCAGUGACUCAGGCUCGCGGAGCGGUGAUAGCGACGAGGAGCACUCUCAUCACCACCGGCACCACCGGCACCGACACCAUCGACACCAUCACCAUGACCGGUCUGGUUCAGAGGAUUCAAUUUAG